AUGUCAGCUAAAAGCCACGUAAGAAUCUGGUGUGUUGGGUCGUCUAUCAUGAAAAAGGCCGCCACUUAUGCCCGUACAAGGCCUGGUGGCUUAAACCUUGGAUUAGAUUGGUGGAAUAUGAAUAUUUGGUGGCAGGGUUAGAGUGGUCUUAAAUUCGAAGUCCUUGAACUAAAGCGGACAUUCCUACUUACAAUAGAAUCAACAACACCAGAUAUACAUCAUCUUUCUGAUAUUGGUAACAGUAUAUUCAUUAAUACACUUCAAGGUGCUUUGUAGCAUUUUUACUUGGCUAAUGGAAAUGUUUAUCCAUUUCAAUAUUUGGUGUUUGUAUGGAGAAAAUGUAAUUCAUGA